GCUAUUGCACUCCAGCCUGGGCAACAAGAGCGAAACUUGUCUCAAAAAAAAAAAAAAAAAAAGGAAAAUAACUUAUUGUAGAGGAAAGUGGUUUAUUAAGAAGUUUGACAGGCACUGGCUUAGAGUAAGAUUUUUCUCUUAUAGUAAUUUUCUUUCUCUCUUAAGGUAUCCAAGCCCACCAAUGGGCUCUGUCUCAGCACCCAACCUGCCUACAGCAGAAGAUAACCUGGAAUAUGUACGGACUCUGUAUGAUUUUCCUGGAAAUGAUGCCGAAGACCUGCCGUUUAAAAAGGGUGAGAUCCUAGUGAUAAUAGAGAAGCCUGAAGAACAGUGGUGGAGUGCCCGGAACAAGGAUGGCCGGGUUGGGAUGAUUCCUGUCCCUUAUGUUGAAAAGCUUGUGAGAUCCUCACCACACGGAAAGCAUGGAAAUAGGAAUUCCAACAGUUAUGGGAUCCCAGAACCUGCUCAUGCAUACGCUCAACCUCAGACCACAACUCCUCUACCUGCAGUUUCCGGUUCUCCUGGGGCAGCAGUCACCCCUUUGCCAUCCACACAGAAUGGACCUGUCUUUGCGAAAGCAAUCCAGAAAAGAGUACCCUGUGCUUAUGACAAGACUGCCUUGGCAUUAGAGGUAAAAUCUGUUCAGACUAGCUUUUUGGGUCCUUUGACUUUUAGUUUUAGUUUCUGCUCAUUUAAGCUUGUAUUCAUGGAAUUAGAGCACUAGAUGAUUUUGGAAGAUACGCACUGUUAGCAUUUCAUGUUUAAAUUUUUUUACAGAGACAAGGUCUCUGUUAAAAAGAGUUGUUUGCCCAGGCUGAUCUCGACAUCCUGGCCUCAAGCAAAUCCUCCUACCUCAACCUCCCAUAGUACUGGGGUGACAGAUACGAGCCACCGUACCCGGCCUGUUAUUAGUGUUUCACAGCUUGUUUUGUUCUUUCCUAUUCCUUGUUUGUCCCACAUUCUCAGCCUCCUUGCUCUUUUUUGUUCCCAAAGCCUAACAGAUUUAGUUUUGCAGUCAUUGGUUUUUCUUCCAGUAAGGAAAGAUAAUAAUUAAGGAAGACCCAUGACCUACAGGCAAAAUCAGCAUACAGAUAUAUAGCUACUUGUAUGGUUCUGUAUUUCUAACAUUGGAAUCAGUUGAGAAAUACGAAAAUGUCUUAAAAUUUCUCUUGAACU